UGGCGGCAUGAAUGGCUAGUGAACUUUUUAGGACUCUGAAAUAGAUCUUGGUUGUUUUUCUUACAGAUUUUAAAUUUAAAAUGUGUGUGUGUGUGUGUGUGUGUGUGUUAGGGGCAGGCAUGCCAUGUUAUGUCUUGGAAGGCAGAGGACAAUUUUACAGAGUCAGUUCUUUAUUCUCAUCUUUACCUGGGUUCUGAAGGCUCUCACUCAGUUCACCAGGCUUGUUCAGUAAGCACUUUUACCCCCUGAGCCAUCUUACUAGCCCCCUUUGCAGGUGUUUUAAGCAUUGAUGAUAUGUAGUUAAGAGUUCAGAUUAACUGCUGAAACAGAGACCCAGACAAUUAGUGGCUAAGAAAGUGUAGAACGUCAUCUUUUAUGUAACACUCAGAAGUAAGGUGGUUAUUGCCAAGUAGUCAGAGGUUCUGCUCUUGAUGUCAUCCAGGGAACCUCCAUCUUUCUUUCCCAUUACUUUUAUUUGCAUUGUCACAGGCAGCUUAUGAACACAUUCACCUUCUAGUUUCCGGGAAGGGAAAAGAAAGAGAAGGGUGUAUAUAGUUCUCUAAGGAAGGAGUGGAGAGCUGAUAGUGUAGCUCAUUGGUAGAAUAUGUGGUUAACAUCCAUUAGGAUCUGGGUCAAUUUCUACAACCUCUUACUUCUAAUGAGCCAGAGGGUGUAUUCAGUUUUUCUGGCAUUCCAUUCAUUAUAUUUAGAACUGUGACUUACCUAGUUGUAAAUACUACUGGGGAAAGUAGUUUCUGGCAAAGUUGCUUGUGCCCAGUUAAAUCUUGGCAGAGAAUGAGGGUGGGGGAGGAAAAAUGGAUACUAUUAGCAGUCUUCCUGAGUCAUUGCUAGCAGGCAAUGAUUUUUAUAACCCUCUUCCUUCCAUUAUUUUAUUUAAUUUUCACCAGGACCCUUGACGUAGAUGUAAAUGCCAUUUUGUCAACUGAGAAACUGGAUUUGAAGUAUGAAAUGACUGGUUUAAAGUCACAAGGAUAUCUUAAAACUAAACUAAACUACCAAGUUUAUCUUUCCAAAGGUUAUAAUCUAAACCUUCUCUUCCUCUUCCUUACCUCAGUGAGACACGGCUUUCUCACCCAGGCCAGGAGUUUUGUUGUCUUCCUGUCCUCCAUAACUAAGCUGGGCAGGUAUCAUCACCUCAGCAUGUUUCAGAUCUGUUCCCUUCUCCAUCCCUACAGCAGCUGCUUUAGCUCAGUCUUUAGCAUCUCUGUCUGGACAGCAGCUUUCAUUUCCCCCAGUGCUGCCAAGAUCACGCCUCAGCCAAGCCUGCCAAGUCAUUUGUAGUCCCUGCUACUCACUGUUUACUUUUCUAUUGCUACAUCUUUACUCGAAUCUUUGUUUCUGUUCAAAUGGCUCCUGUUCCUCUCUCCACUUGGCCUUACUUCCUCAGUAAAGCUGUUGCUCUCUUUUCCAGGAGCUCCUUUCCUUUGGCAGUCAAGGAGAUGCUUGAAGAUGACUUUUGAACCAGAUCCUCAGUCUUCCACAAUGAACCCCGUUUACAGCCCCGUGCAACCUGGGGCUCCUUAUGGCAACCCCAAGAACAUGGCCUACACUGGUUACCCCACAGCCUACCCGGCAGCUGCUCCUGCCUACAAUCCCAGCCUGUACCCGACCAGCAGCCCCAGUUAUGCUCCAGAGUUUCAGUUCCUGCAUUCAGCUUAUGCCACUCUGCUGAUGAAACAAGCCUGGCCACAGAACUCCUCUUCCUGUGGCACUGAAGGCACCUUCCACCUCCCAGUGGACACCGGGACGGAGAACCGAACUUACCAAGCAUCCUCUGCGGCUUUCAGAUAUACUGCAGGGACACCAUACAAGGUCCCACCGACCCAGAGUAAUACUGCUCCGCCCCCCUACUCCCCAUCACCCAACCCCUAUCAGACGGCCAUGUAUCCAAUCAGAAGUGCCUAUCCCCAGCAGAAUCUGUAUGCCCAGGGAGCCUACUACACACAGCCUGUGUAUGCUGCCCAGCCUCAUGUCAUCCACCACACCACGGUUGUCCAGCCCAACAGCAUUCCCUCUGCCAUCUACCCAGCUCCUGUUGCUGCCCCCAGGACCAAUGGUGUGGCCAUGGGCAUGGUGGCAGGCACCACCAUGGCAAUGUCAGCAGGUACCCUGCUGACCACACCCCAGCACACUGCAAUUGGGGCGCACCCUGUCUCCAUGCCCACCUACAGGGCCCAAGGAACCCCUGCGUAUAGCUACGUGCCCCCGCACUGGUAAAGCCUGCAGCCCAUCCACAUCUGGAGUCACAUUGUAUGCAACUACUCGAGUCUUACCGGUGCUGAGCGGUCCCCUAGCAGCACCACCUCUAUUUGCAAGAAGAGACAACGGAAGUGCAAGGGUCACUUUAUGCAUCUUUAAUGGUUUUGAUUUUUAUUUUUGGUUUUUGUAAAAGCUGCUUUUUCUAAUCUCCUAGGAGCCUCCCCUUGUGCCUCCCUCUUAGCCACUGCCCUCCUGGCUCUAGCCCUUCUUCCUACCUAACCAGGCCCAGUCCUCUCUGCACUUCUUCCCUUCCCUAAGCAUCCUGUCCCUGGGAUCCCAGUCUAGUAGCAAGCAGAGAGUGCGGUUUGUUGUGAUGGCUCAUCAGAGGCUAGAUUCCUGGGAGAGCAGAACAGAGAGGCCCUCCAUGUGGAGUAGGAACUUGGAGCUGUUGAGAAGGCCUCAUCUCUGUCAGACUGUCAUUUUCUGAAGCAAGAUUAGUUCAAAUACAAAGAAAUAUCUUCUAAGAACCAUCACAACAGACCAAGAACAAACCCACCUGGUUAUGUAGGAAUGUUAGCAGCUUCAUGUCCCCAGGCUCAGAACCUGGGGAAACAGAAUUUGGGGAAGGGUGGAGGGAGGGAAGACACUGGGGAAGUAGUGUGAAGACGGGCAGGAGGGUGCUCAGCUCUGGUUUGAAAGGUCUUUGGCUGCACUGCUGGGCCUGGGCCUUCUGAUUUGCACAGUGAUGUUAACUGACCUGGCACUUCCUUCAGAGAUGCUUUGACCUCUGACCUGCCAAAUGGCUGCAUGGCGGUGGGAUCCCAGCAUCCGGAGGCUUUUGGAGGCCAGGGGUAUGCAUAACCCACACUCAGCCUGAGCCUCGGGGACCUCCUCUAAGGAGCUUCCUCCUGAGGAGAGUGGGAACUGGUGGCAUUUCUCUCCCUUCCCUUCUGCCCUUCCCAGUGCCGGGCACACACGUCUGCCUGUGGGGCUGGCAGGCAGGCCAAGCUCUUGGUUACCUUGUGCCAUGUCACGGCCAAAGUGAAGGAACCACAUUCCAGGUGGGAGCUGGCGGUUCUGAAGGUCAGGAUAGUGAAGGAAAACAAUAGCAAUAAUCAUUUCAUACUCAUGGAACUGAAGGGACCUUAGCAUUCAUCAUCUCAUCAUUCCCUGUCUGACAAAGGAGGAAACUGAGGCCCAGAGAAGCAGAAAGGACUUCUCUGAACCUCACUGUAAAUUAGCAUUAAAUGCAGCCUUCCUACUACUGGCAUUUUACCUACAAAAAUUUUGCUAGGGAUGGAUUGGCUUGACUUUGUAAAAAUUAAGUCAGCAGUGCCCACAUCUGGUGAGCUCUGGAAUGACCUCUGGGUGUGUGUCUGCUAUUUUCCCUCACGGACUCCAAAGGUGGGGGCUGAAGACAUAGGCAGAGGCCACAUAGGGCAGAUGGCAGAAAUCGAAAUUACACUUGGAAAACCUAUGAAGACACCUGGAAUGUUCAUCCUGAACCUGACUCCACUCCAGGACAAGAGUGGGCUGGCUGGAAGGAGAGGCUAUGCACUUAGGACAGUAGCUCUUUAUCCCAAGAAGAGAGGACGAAUGGGAGCCACCAAGAGAGGGGGACACGGAUGAGGCCAAGCAGAUACAGUCACAUCUGGGAGCAGAGGAGGCACCCCGGGACAAGGAAGUUCUUCCUAGUCUCAGACAGGAAAUGGAUUGGCCACCCUCCCGUGCUCAGCAAGCAGAGCUGAUGCCCUCAUUGGGUGGACAGGAGUAUCCUACUGUGUAAAUUGGAUCACUGGUAAUAUUUCAGACUUGAAUUAUCUUCAUUUUGAAUUCAUUUUAAACUUGGACAUCACCUUCCUAUUUCCCAAGUUCCCCUAAAGGAAAACAAAGGAAACCCUUGAGCUGGAAUGACCUCAGAAAUAGUCUGACUGUCCCCAGGUCAGAGUUCUUCAGCAUCUGUGGCAGAAAGCCAGAAGUUUAGGCUCCUCCUUCCUGGUCUGCCAGGAACUUCAGGACCAAGAAAACUCAGCUGUUCUGGGGUGCUGACAAGGUUUCAUUUUAAAACAAAGUUUUCCAGUGUUAAUCUGAUUUUUAUAACACCUCUCCCUGUCCUCUGUGGUCUUGUAGGUUGAUGGAGGUUGCUAGAGAUCUUGUCUAACAUGUAAAAAGAAUGCCAAACUGAUAAUGGUGGUGAUAACUGUAGGAUACCUUUGUCGGGUGCUUCAGAGGUUUCAAAGCACUUACAACCUUUCAUAAGCUGACCCCGAGAGCAAGCGACAGGUCAGUUAUGCCACCCACUUGAUAAAUGAGGCAAUAGAGUCUAAGGAGAAAUGAAAUGGCCCAAAGCAAGCUGGAUGCCGGAGUCCUGGCAGGCUUCCUAGACUCUCCAGGCUCCAGGUGACCUGGUAGCAGAGAAAAAAGUAGACCCAGGUAUGGCCUUUUAGUGUUUGUUCUUUCCACACCAGUAAAUAAAAGCUGUUUGCGCCCUCACUAUUCAUGUAGGUUAGCCCUGAGAGACAAGGCAUGGUGCCUGCUAUUUAAUUCAUAGAGAAUCCAAGGCUCAGAAAAGUACAGGGACUUUCUGGUAAGGAAUCCCCUGCUGGCUCUCUUGUCUCCAAGCCUGAUCCAAACAUAGGCUCAUGUUCUGAAGCAUCUAUUCUCUACCCCACCUUAGACCUAGUCUGUGAUUCAAGAUCAGAAAAGCCCCAAGGUGAAAACCAGGUAUUGACAAGAACCAGACCCACUAACUCUGUUUUAGUAAGAGCACAAGAGCCCCUGUUCAGCUGGCCUCACCCUGUUGUUUGAGAGAGACCCAUGAGAUUGGCCAAGCUUGGGGAGUCAUGGCAAAGGUACUGAGCCCUAGUGCACAGGGUGGUGUGUGCCUCGGGUUAGGUGAACACAGCUUCUGGCAAGGUGACAGGUAGCUGGCAGGAAUACUGUAGGUUAUCAUCUAAACAUUCUGAAUGGCUCAGUGGUCAAGACAGAUGAGACCAGAGCUGGAAGGGAUGACCAUGGGAUGAGGGGUGUGCACAUGACACCGUGAGCUGCCACACUGGCAUCACCAUACACAGACACCUUGUCCACCCCCCUUGUCCCCAGUGUAGAGCUAAGGGAGGGGUGCCUCUGUUCACCAGCCUCCCUUAUCACCAUUUGAUCAUCUUCAUCCACCCUGGGCCAGGAAGUCUGGAAACUGAGUGAAAGCCUGAGAGUCUCUUGUCAUGCUUAAAACAAAACAAAACAAACAAAAACCCUAUUUUUCUUCCUAUAAGAUAAAACACCUUUUCCUUCUUGUUAUCCCAGCAAUGCCCUGAAAUACAUACCCCCUUUCCUGAAUAUUCGUCAGGAACACACACACCUAUCUGUCCAGACCUCUUUUUUGUAUGUAAAGUACUUUGACUUUGAUUGCCAAAACCUCUACUUUAAAGAUGGAGGCAGGGUAUGCAUCAUGCUAUGAAGGGGUCAUAGAUUUGCCAAAGGACACACAGCUCAUGAGUGAAAGCCAAGAUUUGAACUCUUCUGAUCCUCUGCUCUUGUUGCUGCCUCCUACUGGAUCUCUUGUAAGCUUGUUUGAAGAAGGAAGGGGUUACUUGCUACCCCACACAGAAACAUUUAUGGAGACUUGGGGAGCUCUGGUCUAUCAGCUGAGCAGAUUUUUGCUUUGGGCCGAGACCUAUAAUGGGCCCUAGAGACGCAGAGGUAGAUCCAGGUGGUAGCACAAAUAGAAAUUUGCCACAAAAGACCAAACUCAGAACACUGAAGGUGACAACUGCCCAGUACUGAAGAUAAUUGAGGACAGUAUCAUCCAUCUUUCAACAAAGAGUCUUGGUUCUGGGAAGCCUGCACACUCUGGCCAUCUGACUCCUGUCCAGAUCCAACGAGGUACUUUAAUGGGACAUGGAAUAAGCCUGAACUACUGAAAGCAGGUCUGGACUAGAGUACCAGGCUUACUUGAGAACCAGAGACUAACUUGUGUUCUGUGUAUCCCAGUGAUUUCUGGCCAUCUAGAUGGUUCUAAGUUUGAGACCUAGUGAUGUUUCUUUGGAAGGCUUGAUGCUCUGUUCUAAAUAGCCUUCAGAAAUGAGUCAUGGGGAGCACACAAGUAGCACAAGUCCUUUGGUCACCAAGUUCUGGCAUCCUUAUUGUGUAGACAUGACACAUCAAAUAAGGCAUUGGCUGAAGCAGCGUAGUUCCCUACAUAUCAGAUAUCUUGCCCCUGCAAUGGGCUCUGGCCUUCAGAGCAUUCUGGCUGAAUCAGUCAUCAUCCCAUGUGUGACUCAUGUUCAGCAAGCUCCACCUUUCCAUCUUGUGUUAACUAUAUCACUGCUGAGUGUGUGGCCCCAAGAAUCUUGUCAAGCUUGGGAGACUAGAGAAGGCCACGCCUGGGUUGGAGUGGACAAGGGGAGCAAAUCAAUGGAAGAAACCUAGCUAGGUUCACUGGUCAGACAACACCUGAGCCUCUAGACAGAGUUCUGUGGUUAUGCCAGGCGGGCAGCAAGGUUUAUCCUUUUCCUACCCCUGUUCGCUCCUAGAAAAAACAUUUGUGAGAUUUGGCAUUAUGUGGUUCCAGGACUCAGCUUUCAAAAUUCCCAGUAGGCCAGCUCCAACAUUCCAUGGCCAAACUUGCUUGACCUAGACUUGGGUCCCAUUCCCUCAGUUUCUCCUGUGGGGAUUUCCUAAUUUAUCUAUUAAUGCCAGCCAGAAAGCCAGUUUAGAACAUAGGAGUUGAAACUGGUUGCCACAGAGCCACAGAGGGUGUAGAAGACAGAGAAGCACUUGCUUGCUGUGGCUGCUACUUUGAGUAGUCCUUAGGUAGCCCUGCUGUGGCAGUGUGUCCUUUACCAUUCCAGCCUGGGGAAUCUCUUCCCCAAGAGAACAGUUAAAACAGCUUUACAGAUAGCAGCGGCCCACAGGAAUCUGCUUUGGGCUUGACCCUAGCUAGUAGCAUCCUCUGUCCUUGACCCCACCUCAGCCAUUCUCCUCAUGCAUGAAAGUCAGACUAAAUGAAGAAUAGGACUGGCCCAGAGACCUCAGGUCAGCCAGAUCGACUGGAUCUGUCUUGUGAACCAAGCUCCUCACAAGGUGAAGCUAGGCUAGGCCUCCUGCACCUUGGAGUUGUCUUUUAUCUUUGAAGGCCCAGGGCCUGUCCCCUUCCUGUCUUCAAGGCAUCUGCACCCCUUUCAUAUCACAUGACAGAGAAGCUUGUUCUCAUGGCAUGUACCAUCCCUGUGAAGAGAGCGUUGUGUAUGAUUUUGUAUUUUUUAAUUCAUUUUAACCUACAGGUUGGAAUCUAAUUUUUAAAUUUUAUUGGAACUCACAUUUUAAAACAAAUAAAAACAUUUAAAAAUAAUAAUAAUUAUAAUAAUAAACCUUUGACCAGUGUCUUCCAAGUAGUUUGAUCAAAUAAUUUAUAGGUGUUUUCAAAA